UUCUAAGUAUUUUCCGAAGCAUUAUUUAAAUAAAGACAAUUAUGUGGGUUUGCAUAUUGCAUAAAGAGAUCAUUGACAAUUAUUGAGCGCGAAAUUCAAAUCUUGCGUUUUCCAUAUACUGUGUUGUUUUCAUAAUUGUACGCCCUGUAUACUAGGAGAGAAUAUCGAUGAAUAUAAACACCUAACCUUACUAUACACUUGUAAUUUGGAAAUAUAAGAGAGAAUCACAGUUAAAUAUUGUUUGAAUAUUUAAUAUGGAAGUGCUCAAGGAUUGCUCAGCUUACUUAAGCAAUUAUGAAGUUCUAAAUAUUCUGCAAAAUAUAAAAUCAAAUAAAAAACAAAAAAUGAAACAAAAUCAGUUAGCAAGUAUAACGUAUCAGACUAUAAGAUAUUUAGAGGAGACUCCAUGUAAAAGACAAACACCUGAAAAAAUUAGAGGACUUCUACAAGCAUUGGAACCUUAUAAAUUAACAAAGUGCGAGAAAUUAACUCUUUUAAAUAUGUGUCCUAAAACACCUCUUGAAAUACAACUGAUUAUAGAGGAUAGCGAAGACCGUUUGACUGAUGAUGAAGUAAAUUCUUUACUUCAAGUAGUAGGAAAUUUCUUAGAUGAAGAUGAACAAGAAGGAUAGCAUGGUUUUACUACUUCAACUGUACAAACUUCUUAAAAACAUUUUAUAUACUUUAUGUACAUUUUAUUUAUAUUAAACAGAAAUGGAAAUGAUAUAAUAUUAAAUACAUUGUGCAAAUAAA